AUGGCGUUCAAGUAUAGUGAUUAUGGCCUCAUCGUUAGCAUAGAGUUUGGCACCACAUUUUCAGGGUCAUGUUAUGCUAUUGCUGGUAGAAUGUCUCCAAAAGAGUUGAGAGAAACAAUCUACCCAAGCAUUAUUCAUAUUAUUACUGAUUGGCCAAAGCAAAAUAAGUUAAAGCAUAAAACACCAUCUGCUAUUGUAUGGGCUUUUCGUCGUACUGGAAAUACUAGUCAACUCGAGCUUUUAUGCCUAAGAGCUACGAUUGAUUAUUUUAGAGAGCUUUUUGAUCAUACAGCUAGAGUUAUGCAAAAUGCAAAUAUGGCUCAAGGGACAACCGGCGAUAUAAAAAUUGAUAAAGAAAAUAUUCGUUUUGUUAUCACCGUACCAGCACAGUGGAAUGAUGUCCAAAGAGCUAUUAUGCGUAAUGUCGCCAAAGAGGCUGGUCUUAUAUCUGAAGAAGAUCACAAAAAUCGUUUGCUAGUUAUCAACGAGUCUCUAGCCGCAACACUUUACUGUAAUGCUAAGACUGGGCUUAUGGGGAAGAACGACAAGUAUAUGAUUUGUGAUGCUGGUGGAGGAACUGUGAAACUCGCUGUAUUUGAAUCUACUGAUAAUGGUGACGAACAAGACAAUGAUAGUUUCCGAAGAUGUCAGCUUACAGCAGACAGUGGAAAAAAAUGUGGAUCCGUGUAUCUAGAUCUGAAAAUGAAGGAGGUCCUGUUGGAUAUCUGCUUUGGGGCAGACAAGAAAUCCUGGGAAAAUAACGAGUCAAAAAUAAAAGAACUUGAGUCAUUAAUAACACCUCUAACAGACCAAUUUCUCAUAAAUAAGACAAAUUUUGGAACAGCGAGAAAAGACUUUAUUCCUGAUUGCUGUCGUGAAAUUUUUGAAAACUAUGAUUCCAAUACAAGUGACUAUGAAGAACCAAGGUGCUGUGUUUGUGACUUUGCUGGAGGGAGCGACGCACAGUUUGUAGAUCUCGACAAUUUCGUUGAUGAUACGGUUUUUGUAAUUACGGAAAGUAAAAUAUUAGAUAAACUGAGGUUGGAAAAAGGCCCUGGCGAUGAAAUAAUUACGGAACAAGGUGUAACAGUCGUGGAUGACGAAUUUCAAUGUAAAAGUACACUUACUUACAAAUACAUGCGCGAAAACGUCUUUGAUGAAGUUAUCAAUAAUACAAUUGAACUUGUGAGAAGACAGAUCAAAAAGGCUAACGGAGAAAUCAAACGAAUAUAUCUGGUGGGAGGCUUCGGUGGUUUACCAUACUUACGCAAGCGUAUUUUAAACGAGUUUCCUGCUGAUAGCCCAUUACAUAUUGGAAGCUUGAUCCAGGACGAUAGAGGCGAUGCAGCAGCAAUGCGGGGUGCCUUAGUUUAUGCUAUUGAUGGCAGUAGACAUGAGCCUCAAUCUGAUGUUGUAUUUGACACAUACAAAAAUACUUCCACAUCGAAAUACAAUGCUCUGAUUUGUCUAGAUAUUGGUUACGAUGGAAUCGUAUGUUCUUAUAGAGAUUUGAGAAAUAGUGGUGAUAACAUGACAGACAUUGUAGAUUGGCCUGGUUUAGAUCGCCGUAACCCUACUAUCCCUACAGCAAAAGAAGCAUUAGAUGGGAAAACGUUAUGGGGAGCUCAAGUUAAAGAGACUGGCAUCCGCAAGCCAGAGUCGUUUGUUACGUUGAGUAAGCUUAUGUCUGCUAUGAAGGAGACUUUUAAAGCAUAUCUAGUUGACUUACUCAAAUACGUGCUGGAACAUGUGCAUAACUCAAUUAUGAAGACUAAUCCGUAUCUUUUAAAUAAAAGCAAGUACAGAUAUGUUAUCACUAUGGAAAACUGUUAUCAAUUCUUUGGCAACAAGUCCGAAAUGCGUGAAAUUGCUCAACUUGCCGGUGUCAUUAAAAAAGAUGAUUCCCUCAAAAGACUAUUGCUUAUUCGCCGAGAGGAUGCAGCAGCUAUAUAUUUUGAAAAGAACAAAUUCCCUGGAAAAAAGGCGCAAAGUAACUGUUUCCUUCAAAUAAACCUGUAUCACGAUACAUGUCAUUUGUCCUUACAUUUAUCAACCCAGAUUGGCGGUAAUGACACACCAAAAGCCAGUGAUGCUAAUAGGUCUGGGGAAUCGAUUUCUGAUAGAUUUAGAAAUGUCCGAAGAAUGAGGUCUGCUACAUUUGAAUUUGACCUUGUUGCUAGACUUGUUACAAAUCUGAGCUUGUUUAUAUCUAAUGCUGUAUGUUGUAAAGAUCAGAAAACCCAUGAUACGGCUGACCCAGCUUAUAUUUUGGAGCUUAGACGAAACUUUCUCGAAUAUCUAAAAAACAAACUAGAUCAUGAUAGUAACGAAGCACAAACUAUCCCGGUGACUCAAUCACCAGGCUGUCAAGUAUCUAUUACGAAAUACGAAUUUUUGGAAUAUGUUUUUUGGCCUGCUAUACGAGAUUUGACUUCAGCAAUUAAGAGUAACGGAAUGCAACGUAAUGUGUUUCGUAUAUUUGACAUCGAUUGGAUUUUUUUAUCCGGAUUUUCAGUAGAGGCAAAGAAAGAAACGAGUAAUUUUCUUGAACGAAUUGUUAUAAAAACAUUGUCCGAGGCUCUGAGUAUCCCAAGCAGCCGUAUAUGUUCGUCUGCUAUUAGCGAGCGGGUUUCUAGAAGGUCUUAUGCUAUUCAGGUUUGUGGUUACAAACGUCAAAAAUUUGAAAUUGACAUAGAGAAGAACAUAUCAGAAAUGAAGCUAAGAGGAGGAAAAAACGUGAAGAAUGACAUAUACAAUGAAGAAGCAGCAAAUGCAUAUAGUGAUGUAGCUAAACCAGUGAAUCUAUACUAUCAGUCAUCUUAUAAUUCAUCUUUAAAAGAUAGUGAUUCUUUAAGAACCCGGACGAUAUUUUAUGCCGAGGAAGAAUGUAUCGUUUAUGCCUCAAUUUACUCUUCUGACGAUCCUACCUCAAUUGAAAACGGAAGCAAACAUGAUCUUUCAGGCUUUUACAAAAUCCACCAAUUCGAGCUUUAUAUUAAACGCGAUAUAGAUGACCCAACCACUAUAGCUCCUGAAUCUCGACUUCAUUUUGAUGUAAGUCUAAAGUUUGAUAGAGAUGAGUCCAUAUUCGAAGCUUUUGCUUGUUCAAAACUUGGACAGAAGAUCCCCAAUUUUCGAUUUGAAGAUCAGUUCUUGGUAGCAAAUAUCUACGGCAAUGAAAAUCGGAUAAUUAUUGAAGAAUCACAAUUGACAAGGACAGAAUAG